CAUGACGGCACGGAAAUCAAGCUCACGUCACGAGUUGAUUCUGUAAACAUGCAGUAACCCGAGUCACGCUCGUGUAUCACAGUCAAACGCCACCAUCAAACUCGGAUAUUUCUUGUGCUGUGAAUUAAUCUACGCUUUUUAAUGCCGACCGCUUCUUCUAGUGAUUUUGAUACGCUGACAUGGCCGCAGUGGACCAGAAUAAAGUGACGAAUCGCGAUUCCUCAGAAGAGGAUAGACUUCUGUUUCCCGUGAAUCACUACAGCUCAAAUGACUGCGAGAGUGAAUAUAGCGACUCCAAGUCGAGUCCGGCCGCAGACGGCUGGAUGGGCGCUGACCCGGAAGAGGAUGCGUUACGCAGGAAGUUAAAAUAUUUCUUCAUGAGUCCCUGCCAAAAGUACCAAGCCAAAGGCAGAAAACCUUUCAAACUAGUCCUUCAGAUACUGAAGAUUAUCAUAGUAACCGCACAGCUGGUGCUUUUUGGUUUAAGCAAUGAGAUGGUGGUGACGUUUAAGGAAGAAAACACGGCCUCAUUUAAACACCUGUUUCUCAAAGACUAUGAUGACUCAGACAACACGCUCGCGGUUUACAGGCAGAGUGAUGUUUACGACCAUGUAUUCUACACAAUAGAACAGUAUCUGACUUUAACUGACACAACGGUGGGUCGAUAUGCGUACGUGUACGAUGUCGGCGUGAAUGGGAGCGCGCUGUCUCUCUGUCAGCAGUAUUAUAAGAAGGGCCGGAUCGACCCAGCAAACGACACUUUCAGCAUUGAUCCACAUGUGGUCACAGACUGUAUUGGAGUGAACCCUUUGUCCACCCCCACAGCACUGGGUCAGGAUUACAGGAAUAUAACCCUCAAGUUUCACAAGCUCAUUAACGUCACCAUAACGUUCCAGCUGAAGGCUAUAAACCUUCAGACCAUCAUUCACAAUGAAAUUCCAGACUGUUACACUUUCUUCAUCACCAUUCUGCUGGAUAACAAAGCCCACAGUGGUAAAGUAAAGAUCAGUCUUGAUAAUAAAGCCUCCAUUAAGGAAUGUAGAGACCCAAGUGUGUCUGGACAUGCUGAAAGUUACGCUCGUGUGUGGUUUGACGUGAUCAUCGCUGUGGUGUGUAUUCUCUCUCUCGUCCUCUGCAGUCGCUCCAUCAUCAGAGGGAUCGUGCUUCAAAACGAGUUUGUGAAGUAUUUUAAGAGCUCUCUGAAACGUGACGUCUGUUGGGGCGAUCGGCUGGAGUUUAUUAACGGCUGGUAUAUUCUGCUCAUCAUCAGUGACGUGCUCACCAUCACAGGCUCAAUGAUCAAGAUCGGCAUCGAACUGAAGAACCUCUCGUCCUACGACGAGUGCGGGAUCCUCCUGGGAACCUCGACGUUAUUGGUUUGGGUCGGAGUUAUUCGCUACCUCACCUUCUUUCAGAAGUACAAUAUUCUCAUCAUCACUUUACGAGCUGCGUUCCCGAACGUGAUCCGUUUCUGCUGCUGUGUGGCAGUCAUCUACCUCGGAUAUUGCUUCUGCGGAUGGAUCGUUCUUGGACCCUACCAUGUUAAAUUUCGCUCUCUCUCGCUGGUGUCUGAAUGUCUGUUUUCUCUGAUCAAUGGAGAUGACAUGUUUGUGACGUUUAGUGACAUGCAGGAGAGCAGCACUCUGGUGUGGGUCUUCAGUCAGGUUUACCUUUACACGUUCAUCUCACUGUUCAUUUACAUGGUGCUGUCGCUCUUUAUCGCACUUAUCACUGGAGCGUAUGAGACCAUCAAGCAUCAAACACAGGAGCCCAUCCAUAUCACGGACAUGCACGCGUUCAUCGCUGAAUGCACGGACACGCCCUGUUCUGGAAAGUUCCGCGGCAUUGAGACCUCACCGUGCUCCUUCUUCUGCUGCUGUGAUAGGUCUGACACAAUUAUAAAACCUAUAAAUAGAUAUAUAAAAAUGUAUCACCGUAUUAAAUUGUUCGAAUUUUUGAGUCAGUAGUUAAAGGUCCAGUGUUUGAAAUUUAGCGGCAUCUAGCGGUGAGGUCGUGAAUUGCAACCAACGGCUCACUCCACCGCUCACCCCUCCGUUUUGAAGCGCUACGGUGGCUGACACAGGACUACGAUGUCGUUUUGCUUCUUUGCCGAUGGAGAUAACGUAUUUACGAAACGCGCUCUGUAGAGCAGUUUGUCCGUUUAGGGCUACUGUAGAAACAACAUGGUGAACUCCAUGUAAGGGGACCCGCUGUAUAUGUAGAUAGAAAUAGCUCAAUCUGAGGUAAUAAAAACAUAACGCUACAUAAUGUAAGGUCUUUAUACACCUCUGAAGACAGUUAUGUAGAUUUGAUUGCAUUUCUGUCAAUAGAUCCUCCAAAAAAAUGUUAAAUGCAACAAAAAUAAAUGUGUAUAUGUGUGUGUAAAAUGGCAUGAAUUAGAAUAAUAAAUAAUACAAAGUGUAUUUAAGUAUAUUGGGGAUAUAAAGAAAGUCUGUAAUCAUACCUGUUUCUCCAACCAUACAGAACUACAACAUACGAGGACGGCCUCUUAGUCAACUAGUGAUGUCACGAAUCCCGAAUCUCAACCACACCACCAGCUGCUGGUCAUCACUGCAUUCGGGUGAUCGACAGCGUUGAAAGCCCAAUGCUCUGGACCAUUAAUGGACGAGCACAUUGAAGAUUUUAGUCAAAUGCCUGAAGUCUAGGACAUUUAUAGUUUUACCUCAACUUUUAAACAUUUUAUUUUAACUUGAUUCCAGAGGUUGCAUAUACGUGAUGGUAAUUCUGUGUGUAAAUGGCGAAUGUCUCGCGGGUUCUUGUUUACAUACUGAGAAACACAGCGCUGUGUGACACUUUCUUUCUCUUGAGUAAUAAGUGUUUGCUGAAUGUCAGGUGACUUAACCUCUGCUUGUGUAACGUCUAAAUCAGAUGUCUGCAAAAGACACGGAAGAGCUUUCGGCUUGUCAAGCUUUGUGGGUAGUUUGAAUCCGCUUAUAAAUCUUGACUUGCGUCUUAUUCAGCACUUAGAGCAAAAACAACACUUCUAUGAAUUUAAAGGUUUGUUGUGUGGUAUUAAUCUGCCUUUACCCAUAACAAACAAUGCCCUGCCGGUAUGAAUUAGCCUUUACAACACGAUUAAAAAAGGACAUUUUAAAUAUUUGCCUUAAUGUUCUGUAGAUGUCUGGUUGUUAUUUGGCGUGUGUGUGUUUUAUUUAUACGCAAGUAUACCUAACAUCAUUUUCUGUGACACACAGUAAUUCUUGACUUAACAUGUAUGUGAAAUGUUUCAUAAAUCAUUAGAGAGGCCUUUGGGGACCUUAUUAUGCAUAAACAACGACAAAGAAGCCUAACUUUAAUUAUACUUUACUAGUACAAAAUGAGUAUUUAUGUCAUUUUGACGCUCCUGUAAGCCAUUUACACAAGCACAGAUCAAACGGGACCGGUCAUUUGAUUUUAUCAAAAACCGGUCUGGUCAUAUUUACGUUUUCCUUUUUCCGCUGUUUUAUUUUAUUGUAUAUUUCCAUCAUAAUAUUCUUAUUUAUGUUUUGUUGGUUCUGUGUAUCCUGUUUGUAAUGAAUCUAAAGCACACAAUCGACAAACAAUGCACAUUUUUGUCAAUGCACAAGUUGCCACGUUAUCAUCACACUCCCAAGAUGAUGAACAUUUAUUUCACACAUUAACAUGUACGUAAAUUGACUGUUUACUCAAUGGUUCUUCAAACUUUAUUUUAUUUUAAACGUCAUUGCAUAUAAGUACAGAGUUGUUCUUAAAUCUGUAUUAAUAUAAAGACUAUUUUUUUGUAUGUUUUUCCUUGGUUUAUUAUUGU